CGAGUCGAGUCGAGCGGCCCCGAGUCUUUCUCGAGUCAGUCUGAGACGUGGCCCCGUCGCCGUGUCGUCGUCGCAUCCUUCUCGAUCUCGAAUUCGUCGCGCGCUACCUGUCGAAAUCGAACAAUCUUAUCGUCGAUCCACGGCCGAUCGAAAUGGCCGCGUCGCUUUGAAGUCCCGCGACUCCGGGUUCGUCGAUCCAGUGAAUCAUCGGUUCACCAAUCGCGCGGACUCGCGCGUUUACCUCUCUCGUUCGUCCUCGAGGCUCGAAUUGUUCGCGAACGCGAUUCUUGUUCUUUUUUCGUUAUUGCGAACCGACGAUGACGUCGCCUCGACGGUGCGUCCUCUGAGAUCCGCUUCCUUUUCAGUGCAGUGAUUCUGUGUGUGCGUGACGCGAAAGAUCAGCUGGAACCUGGAAGGAUACUUGCGAUAGGUAGGGAAACAUCUUCUCGCGGGAUUUUUCUUGCCGCGGAUCAACCACUUUUGGUGAACAAUUAACAAUCUGUUCCGUGAUGAUCGUAAAGAUAAAUCAAGGAUGCGGGCUAUAAAAUCAAGAAGAAUUACACAGUCCGAGGUGAAGAAAUCAGUUCGAUAAAUCAACGUUGAACAGGGGAUAAUUUGGAGACAAAUUGAUCAGCGAAUAGCGGUCGAUUUAAAGAGCCGCUGUUCGACCAUCGAUCGAAGAUUAUUGGCCUCGCCGAGGCGGAAGCAGUCGAUCAACGAACGGUGCCCAUGCCGAGCGUUAAGAAAAGUCAGCUGGUAGGCUUUAGGAGCGUGAGAGGACAAUUCUCUUCGGGACCGACCGUGUCAACGAAAUCAUCGUGGCUGUGAGAGGACGUCGAACGUGCUUGAAAAUGUCGAGAAUUAUGUCAGGACUGAUUCUACUGGUGUUGACGGUGGUGUCGUUUAGAGAAGUGCAAGGACACGUCGCCUUGACUUUCCCACACGCGAGGAAGUACGACUUGGAUUUCCUGGACAACGCCAGGACGCCUGGGCCAUGCGGAAUGCCUCGUGGUGACGUUAAGAGCACGCUGCUGUCUGGGAGCAACUUCAACGUCACGUGGCAUCUGGCCUAUCCUCACCGAGGUGGAUUUCGAUUGCAAAUCUUGGAUGGCCUUGACAGGCCACUGGUUGAUCUAACUCCUGUGACUAAGAACAGCGAGUUCGUCGAGGACGACGCCACCGCGCAGGCUUACGCCGUGCAGUUGCCUCAGAACUUCACGUGCACCGACUGCACGAUCCGACUCCUUCGAGAGGCUGAGGAAUGGGGAGCGAGUUACAGAUUUUGGUCCUGCGCCGAUAUCGAUAUCGUCGAUAGAAAGGGCUACAGGGAGGAUUGCAGCGGUCACGGCCGAUAUCUGCUGGGUCGUUGCAGAUGCGAUCGGCUCUAUCACGGGACGAGAUGCGAAUUUAAGGAAGAAUGUCUCGAUGACUCCGACUGCGGUAUUCAGGGCACGUGCGUCGACACUGGUGGCACGACCGCGCCCACCAAGCACUGCUACUGCAACAUGGGUUGGUUUGGACCGGGCUGCGCCAAGAGAUCUCCGGUUAAGACCAUUGACGUAGAGUUAGAUGCCUACACCAUAAAAAAGUUCUCGGACAAUUUUACAUUCUAUUGGCGGAUACUGAAGGAAAGCAAAGAGCUUGAGGGCAUUAUCGUGGCGAACAGCACGACUUGGGUCGGUAUCGGCUGGCGACCCAGCGAUCUGACGCCAAUUUGUCGAUCUUUCCCCAAUAUUCAAGAACGACCGAAGGACGAGCCGCUUCCGCAACCGGAACCGAAAGCGGAACCGGAACCAGAGCCAGAGUCCGAGCCAAAGGCUGAACCGAAACCGGAACCUGAGCCAGAAUCUGGACUCGAGAAGUCAGGUACCAAACGGAGAUCGGCUAAAGCUCACGAUCUCGCGUUGUUGGCUUCGACUCCUCGAUCCGACGUCGACGUCACGGUACAAACGAGCGUGACUUAUCGUGUUAGCACGAAGCAAGGACGUAAGAAGAGAUCACCCGAGGCCACGAAAACUUCUUCCAACGGGGAACCCGUCGCCGAGCCGAGCACUGUCGACAGCACCAACACCACGCCCGAACCAGAACCUAAAUCUGAACCUGAACCCAAGUCUGAGCCUGAACCUAAAUCUGAACCGGAACCUAAAUCCGAACCGGAACCGAAAUCCGAACCGGAACCGAAAUCCGAACCGGAACCUAAAUCCGAACCGGAACCGAAAUCCGAACCAGAACCGAAAUCCGAGCCUGAGCCUAAAUCUGAACCAGAACCGAGUUCGGAACCGGAGCCAAAACCUGAACCUGAGCCUAAAUCCGAGCCUGAACCCAAGUCCGAACCAGAACCCAAGUCCGAACCAGAACCCAAAUCCGAACCAGAACCCAAGUCUGAGCCGGAGCCCAAAUCCGAACCCGAACCCAAAUCUGAACCUGAGCCCAAAUCCGAACCGGAACCAAGUUCGGAACCGGAGCCGAAAUCUGAGCCAGAACCUAAAUCAGAACCAGAACCAAAGUCCGAACCGGAACCAAGUUCCGAACCAGAACCAAAAUCUGAACCGGAACCCAAGUCAGAGCCGGAACCAACCUCGGAACCGGAGCCGAUUUCAGGUCCCAAGUCGAGCGCAACGAAAGCUAUCCUGCCUGGAGCACACAAGUACACCCCGAAACACGACUUCAACCCCAUGGACUGUACGGACAUCAUAAUCGGAUCGGCACGUGGCAAUAAUCACAGGAUCGGUGAUUAUUACACCAGAGACAGGUCCACCCCGAGGAAGGACGAAUAUUGGGGUGGGAGGGACACUCUGACUGCUGCCUUGGGCUACGAACGCGACGGUGUCACGACAAUUCUCUUUAGAAGAAAACUAGCAGCGAACGAACCGACCGAUCACGAAAUUAUCGACGGUAACAUGCAGGUGAUAUGGGCCAAGGGACAAGAACCUGGAAAGUACAUACAUCAACCACCGAGUGGUAUUGAAAAAGCCAAAGUCAGCGUAAAGGACUUCUACAAGGCCGACGAACUCAAGUAUCACGGACACGGAUCGCAAAGAGGAACCGUCACCCUUAAUUUCUUCGAUGAAAAGGAUAAACAAGAGGCGAUGAACGAAGACGAAGUUAUGACGCCAGUUUCAACCUGUCGUGGCGAGUGGCACUAUCCGAAAAAUUGUGUUCCAGGAAACGGCACCUGUGAAUACUCCAUUCAAUGGACUUACAAAGAACGAAAAGAUCAACUAUCGUUUAUUAUUUCCACGACCAAUAUCAACACUUGGACAGGUGUUGGAUUUUCCAAUGACGAUAAAAUGUCGCAAACAGACGCGGUGUUGGGCUGGGUCGAUGAUAAAUCGGGUCGAGCUUUUCUCAUGGACACUUGGAUCAGCGGAUAUAACGCGCCGCUGCUCGACCCGUCCCAAGAUAUUUACAACACCGACGGCAGUAAAGUGGACGGCGUAACGACCCUCAAGUUCUCGAGGAAACGGAUAACAAAAGACAAUAGGGACCUCUCGUUCACUGACGAUCACUGUCUAUACAUGAUGUACCCAGUCAAGGGUGGCACUUUCAAUGCCGUUAACAAGAAGAUACGAAAACACGACGUCGUGCCUAUUGUCUCUUCUGAGAAGAUCUGUAUUAAAUCUUGCGGUCUCGAAGAACUCGAGGAUCUUACGACACCAGCUCCUCCAAGGUUGCAUUAUGACGUAGAAGUGAAGCUGAUAAAUCUGGGUGAUGGUUUUAUGGCGCCUACUCCUGGUAGUCCCGACUUUGAAGUUAUUUCAAACAGAAUAGCCGACAGCUUUGGACCGGUUCUCGAUAAGCUACCAGGCUAUUAUCAAAUACGUCUGAAUGAAUUGCAAAAGGAAGAGGAGCAAAGCAGCGUUAUUGCGAAGAUGGAUCUGAUCUUAGACAAGAACGAAGUGAAAGGCAGAUCGUUAAAGCCGGUGGAGACUAGCGCGGCAGCUGAGAAAGCGCUGAAGGAAGCUCUGGUCAACGGGAAAGUGGGUGCAUUGAGCGUGGACCCUCAGUAUUUAGUCAUCAGAGCUCCUCGAGUGAAUGACUUCGGCGGAGGAGACUCGGACGAGAGAUCGUCCUUCGCGUCGGAACUGUUCCUCGACGCGACGAAGCUGUACAUCGUCGUCGGAUGCGUCGCUGCGCUGCUCGCGUUGGCCCUCCUACAAGCAAGCUGUACCCUCUACAGGUCGUCGAGAAGGCGAGCGACAAAGGAUCGUCUGAUUGCCAGUAACGCUUGGAAAGACUACGCCUCAGGCGCUAAUACGAACUUCGGUUUCGAUGCGUUCGAGACGGAGGAGAAGGCCCCGCCGCCGCCGGUGUCCAGUCUACCCCGUCACAGAGAAGUGACCGGUAACGGGCUGAACGGCACCGACACCGUCGAGGGUCCUAAUAGAAUGAUGGGACCUCGCGCGACUUACAGUUUGCCGCGUGCACCAGGCUCGAGGCACACGGCACCGAUUCAACCAGGAUACUACACGCAAGACCGUAGGGAUCACUAUCAACGAUCGAAGAACAACAUGCACAACCCGGGCGGCGGCGUAUCGACGCAGCCGAACCAGCCCGACUUCUAUUUCAUGCCGAGCCAACGCAAAUACAGCGGCGAGGUGGUGCGCGUGUACGUGGAUUACGGCAGUCAGCAACCGAAGUAAUGUACAAAAUGGAAGGAGAUGAACUUCGAUAAGAGGAAGAGGAAGAAGAAGAAGAAGAAGAAGAGUAAAAAAGAACGAAACGCGUCAGUGACAGUGCUGUCCCAUUCCCUACUUUCCCUCGAUCGCGAAUUCCAAGCGGACGAUUGUAAGCUACACAUAUCUCGCUUCAGUGAAGCGACACUGUACAUAAAACCAAGUUUAGUGGACCUGGAGAAAACGAGACUUCGAAAUGAGCCCUUCCCUCCGGUGCUUCUCUCAUCAUUACUUCUUUUCUUAUUCGAUGGAUCGUUGUUUUAUUAUUAUUAUUAUUAUUAUUAUUAUUAUUAUUAUUAUUAUUAUUAUUCUCUUCCGUCGUCGUCUUUGCCCGAUCGCUAGCGAGUGUCGAACGAGGGCAACGCGCACGAUUUUUCGUUUUUCUUAAGCGAAAGCUAGACGCAAGAAGUGGCGCUUAAGACCAAAGAGUUAUCGAUAAGGCGCGCUCGAUGCGCGAUUCUGUACAAAAGCGCGCAAAAGGAACAUACACAACGAACAGCACUGUAUCAUCACUGUAACUCUCUCGAUGCGUGGGCCCAGGUACCAGGUGUUUGAACCGUACCCGUGCGCCGUUACAGCUACGUCUUUACAUGUACUUACGAGCAAGCAUAGACGUCUGAGCAAUAAAACGUUUGUACAUUUUUUUAAUCGAA